GGGUGUGGGGAAUGGGGUUGGGGGGAGGAACGUAGUAACUGAAGGGAAGGCAGGAGGCAACGGCAAAGAGCCAGGAAGGAAGCUGAGAGGACCUAGGCCCCGACAGCCCUGCUAGCCCGGUGACUGGCCUUCCUCCACGCAACGCAUCGCUAACAUGCAGGCAGCACAGCAGGUCCCUGGAUCUGCCGCCAUCACGACCAGGAUCACGGACAAUGUCCAUUGCCAAGUGGCAGGCUUGGCUGUGGCCACCAUAGGAUGGAUCCUUACCGUUAGUUCCACGGGCUUCACGGAGUGGCGAGUGUGGUACAUGGAGAGCACCUCACCCCCUGGCCUCUCCUGUGUGGGAAUGUGGAGAGUCUGCAUUUAUCACCGGGAGAGCUACUCUAGCGAGAUCAAACUGUGUCACCCAUAUACGUACCAGGACACCUUCCUCCCUCUUGAUAUUCGUGUUGCCCAGCACCUCCUGCUGGGUGCCAUCAUUCUGGGGCUCUUGGGGAAAACUCUCAUUAUCUUUGCACUUUGGACCCUAAACACAGGCGUUCCUCGGGGGGGUGUCACCUACAAGCUGUUCGUUGGUUCAGGAAUUCUUCACAUGACUGCUGGCUUCUGUAUCUCAGCGGCAGUGGCCUGGAAUUACUACUCCAUCACCCGCAUGCAGGGUAUUGCCUUCCCACCAUCUUUCCAAAUACCCUACAAGCCAGACACUCAGGAAAUUGGCAGUGCUGUUCUAUUGGCAGCUCUGGCCGCCUUACUGAUGCUGUUGAAGGAUUAUGAGAUUCCAGGUCAGCGCUUUGAGGAAGACUUCGACAUAGGUGGCGCCAUGAAAUCCACACUGGCUGCUUCUGCUGAGUGA